UUGAGGUAUUCACCAAGAGGAUACGGUCUCAAUGACUGUGAUGUAGUUCUACUUACAAUGAUAAAGCUUUAUCACAACACAAACUUCAGCUUUCUGUCUGUACUGUUCGGUAUACACAGGACAACGGUGUCAAACAUUAUAAAGAGCGCCAUCUGCAUUUUAGCAGAAAUUCUUGGCACUGCAGUCUUCUUUCCUAGCAAGGAAUCUGUCUUGGAAAACCUGACAGUUUACUUUGACAAGUUCAAAAACACAAGGAUCGUGUUAGAUUGCACAGAAGUAGCUCUUGAGAGGCCAGGUGACCUGGUGUCACGUAUUCUUACAUACAGCCACUAUAAGAAAACCUACACCGCUAAAGUUUUGAUUGGGUGCACUCCAAGUGGGUUCAUCAGUUUUGUCAGUCAAGCAUUUGGUGGGCGUGCGUCAGACACACAUGUGACAAAAGAAUCUGGGGUUCUAAGCAUGUGCCUACCUUACACAGACCAUGUUAUGACAGAUAAAGGCUUUCUCAUUGAGCACCAGUGUGAUGAUGCACGUGUACGUCUAAUUCGUCCCCCAUUCUUGAAGCAGAGGAAACAAAUGCGUGAAAGUGAGGCCUUGGCAAACCAGAAAAUUGCACGGGCACGUGUCCACGUAGAACGUGCAAUUCAGAGGAUUAAAGCCUAUAAAAUAUUGCAACAAAAGUUUCCUACGCAACUGUUGCCAGUUUUUGAUAAUGUGGUGCGUCUUCUUUGUGGUCUUGUAAAUUUAUCCAGGCCGAUACUUUCAGAAGAAAGGUUUCUCCAACCUUUAAGCCUCAACCAUCCUGUCCAAAAUAACACAUAUCACAGCCCAUAGAUAUAUCUAAAUAGGGCAAACAUUGUACAAUAAAUUUGGGUUAUGUGUUCAGUGUGAUAUAUUUGAGCGAUACAUGCAUUGUUAUAUUUGAGUGAUACACGCACUGUGAUAUUUUUUACUGAUACGUGCAUUGUG